UUUAGCAAAGAAUUUAAAAUUAGUUAUUCUUGAGAAGAAUUUCAUUUUGCAGGAAAAAGAUGAGGAAGUGAAAAAAGUUUUUUUGGUAGCUAAAGGAGUUGUUAAAGAAAAAAUGGAUUCUUCAGAUGCCUUUUCUCUUAGAACUUGUAUUAACGGUGAUGUUAUCAAUUUCAGUGAAAUUGAUAAAUCAGAAACUUCAUUGGAAGUAGCUUCUGAAGUAGCUGAAGUUUAUGUAAUUCCCAAAGCAAAAUUAAACAAAAUUUUAAGUCGCCUCCCAGAUUCCAGCGGAUUGUUAAAAGCUUUUAAUCCGGAUGUUUUGAGUCUAAUAAGCUGCUCUCCACUAUUUGAUUUGAGCUCGUUAGAAGUAAAUCAGAAAAGGGAACUCGCUGCUCAGUUUCGCUUGGAAAAAGUUGAAAAGGGCGAUUUUGUUUAUAAGAAAGGAGAAAGAGUAGCAAAAGAAGAAAAUGGGAAACUCUAUGUUGUUUUUCAAGGAAAGUUUACUGAGACGCUAUCCAACGAGGACAUGAGAGAUCUCAGUAAAGGAAAUGUAUUUGGCGAAUUGGCGUUGAUCCACUUUACUCCUCGGAACUCCACAGUUAGCUGCACGGAGAGUGGCCUGUUGCUUUCUUUAUCACAAGGCGAUUUUUUUAAGUUUUUAUUGAAAAAUGAAAAUUCAAAAUUUUUAGAGAAUUAUAUAAUGUGCGCUAAACAGUUUUUGAGCGAUUCAUUAAAAGAUACGAAGCUUCCAGUUUUCGACGGCCUCCCUGAUGAAGAGUUUCCUAAUUUAGUCAAAAAGUGUACGUGGGAAUGGCAUAAUCCAGAAACUUUAAUAUUUAAAGAAGGAGAUAUUGGAACGACAUUUUAUAUUAUACUUUUUGGCAUUUUGGAAGUAAAAAAGGAACAGAAAAUUUUGACAACUCUGGGUGCUGAAAAGGGAUAUUUUGGGGAAAUCGCUCUUGUAACAGAUCAAAAUAGAACAGCCAAUGUUUAUGCGACCACCUUGAGCGUAUUGCUUUCAGUAACAAAAAAUACGUUUCAAGAAAUGUUUUCUUCCAAUCCGGAGUUUCUUGCACAGUUUCAAGUAAAACUUGCUCCAGCGCAGGCAAGUUUGAAGCAUAUUUUGUUCCAUAUGAUUGGUUUUAAGUGUUUUUAUAAGCAAAUGACUGCUGAGCAUUCCACAGAAAAUAUUGACUUUUGGCGAGAUGCCGUUGCAUUUUCCAAGCUCGAUUCACAGGAAGAACGCAUUGCUUUUGGGAAAGAAAUAGUGAAAAAGUAUAUUUCAAAAGAUGCAGAGCAGCGAGUCAACUUAAAAGGAGUUACUCGGAAGGAAAUAUUGGAUAUAUGCGAACGAGACGAAUCUUAUACAAAGGAUUUUUUUGAGGGAGCGGAAAGGGAGAUUUUUGAUUUGAUGGAACGAGAUAGUUGGGCACGCUUUAAAAAUGGGACGCACUUUCAGGAUUUCUUAAAGGAAGUGGGCGGAUCUUACACGGAAGUUGCGGAUCUUGAAAAAACGAAAGUCGGCUUAAACAUUGCAGCACCCAAUCGGGCUGCUUCUCAUACUAAAACGAGCCAAUUAGAGAAGAGUUUAAAACCCUCAGAAGAAAAAGAUAAUCCCGAAACGUCGAACCACUUACCUGAGCAUUUUGCUAAUAAUAACUUAAAAGAAGAGCCAUUAGCAAAAGAAAGCGUACAUCAAGAAGAACUACCCGAGAAAAAAAAUGAGGGCGAUAAAAAUAAUUCAGAAUAUAUAGAAAAUGAAGAGGAAAAAGUGCAAGAAGGAGAAGAUAUGAAAAAAAGUUCUAAAAAUAAUAUUUCCGCGCUGGAAGGCGAAAAUGAAGAAGAAAUUAAUCUAAUUUAAUAAAAAUAAAA